AUGCUCCCCAAGACCCUGCUGAUGGCCGCCUUCGCCGCGCUGGCCUCUGCCCGGCCGCAGGUGACGACCGACAUCCCAUCGCAGAUCACGGCGCCGCCGGCCCUGCCGUGCUCCGUAGCCUCGGCAAUGCCCAGCUGCGGCAUCCCGUGCAUCACGUCGGCGGCCAUCGGCAUCGGCUGCACCGCCGCCUUCGACUUUGGCUGCCAGUGCCAGCACGCCGCGGCCAUGCAGGCGGCCGUCAUGCCGUGCGUCGCCUCGGCCUGCGGCGCCCUCGCCCCCGUCGUCGGGUCUGUCGCCAACGCUAUCUGUACCGCCUGUCUCCCGGCGAUGGCCAUGCCGACCCCCGCCUAA